GCGAGAUGAUGUUCCAGGAAGUUCCACGUCAGUGAAGUGAUCGCAGAAAUCGCAACAUUUCAACCCCGAUUACACCCAUUCAGAACUCAUUUAUCCGAUCUUAUUGAGACAACACCGGAAUAAAACAUGCCUCUCAGGCUGGACAUCAAGCGGAGGCUGACAGCCAGGUCUGACCGGGUGAAGAGUGUGGACCUUCACCCCACUGAGCCGUGGAUGCUGGCCAGUUUGUACAACGGGAGUGUCUGUGUGUGGAACCACGAAACCCAGACUCUGGUCAAGACUUUUGAAGUGUGUGACCUCCCUGUCAGAGCUUCCAAAUUUGUGGCAAGAAAGAACUGGGUCAUAACUGGAGCAGAUGACAUGCAGAUCCGUGUGUUCAACUACAACACCUUGGAGCGAGUUCACAUGUUUGAGGCCCACUCUGACUACAUUCGUUGUAUUGCUGUUCAUCCAACUCAGCCAUACAUCCUCACCAGCAGCGAUGACAUGUUGAUCAAGCUGUGGGACUGGGAGAAGAAAUGGUCGUGCAGCCAGGUGUUUGAAGGUCACACUCAUUACGUUAUGCAGAUUGUCAUCAACCCAAAGGACAACAACCAGUUUGCCAGUGCAUCCCUGGAUAGAACCAUUAAGGUUUGGCAGCUUGGCUCUUCAUCCCCCAACUUCACUUUGGAGGGUCAUGAGAAAGGAGUAAAUUGCAUUGACUACUACAGUGGAGGCGACAAGCCCUACCUGAUAUCUGGGGCUGAUGAUCGUCAAGUCAAAAUCUGGGACUACCAGAACAAAACUUGUGUUCAGACUUUAGAGGGUCACGCACAGAAUGUCUCCUGUGUCAGCUUCCACCCAGAGCUGCCCAUCAUCAUCACUGGAUCAGAGGAUGGUACUGUGCGUAUCUGGCACUCGAGCACUUACCGCCUAGAGAGCACACUGAACUAUGGCAUGGAGCGAGUGUGGUGUGUGUGCGGCCUCAGAGGAUCCAACAAUGUGGCACUCGGCUACGAUGAAGGCAGCAUCAUCAUCAAGGUUGGUCGGGAGGAACCAGCCAUGUCUAUGGACACCAAUGGCAAAAUCAUCUGGGCCAAACACAGCGAAAUUCAGCAGGCCAACCUGAAGGCCAUGGGCGACGCUGAAAUAAAGGAUGGUGAAAGACUCCCACUGGCUGUCAAAGACAUGGGCAGCUGUGAGAUUUACCCUCAAACCAUACAGCAUAACCCAAAUGGAAGGUUUGUUGUGGUGUGCGGAGAUGGAGAGUAUAUCAUCUACACUGCCAUGGCUUUGAGGAACAAGAGUUUUGGUUCAGCGCAGGAGUUUGUCUGGGCGCACGACUCCUCUGAGUAUGCCAUCAGAGAAAGCAACAGCAUUGUCAAAAUCUUCAAAAAUUUCAAAGAGAAGAAGUCGUUCAAGCCUGACUUUGGAGCAGAAGGGAUCUAUGGAGGGUUUUUGCUCGGGGUGAGGUCAGUGAACGGCCUGGCCUUUUAUGACUGGGAGAACACUGAGCUGAUUCGCCGCAUCGAGAUCCAGCCGAAGCAUAUCUUCUGGUCAGACUCUGGUGAACUGGUCUGCAUUGCUACAGAGGAAUCCUUCUUCAUCCUGCGUUACCUGGCAGAUAAAGUAGCUGCGUCCCAAGAGAACAAUGAAGGAGUGACGGAGGAUGGUAUUGAAGAUGCCUUUGAGGUCCAGGGAGAGAUCCAGGAGAUUGUGAAGACUGGACUUUGGGUUGGAGACUGCUUCAUCUACACCAGUUCUGUAAACAGACUCAACUACUAUGUCGGUGGAGAGAUUGUCACUAUUGCACACCUGGACAGGACCAUGUACCUUUUGGGCUACAUACCGAAGGAUGACCGUCUGUACCUGGGAGACAAGGAGCUCAACAUCGUCAGCUACUCCCUGCUGGUCUCUGUGUUGGAGUACCAGACUGCUGUGAUGAGGAGGGACUUUGGGAUGGCGGACAAAGUGCUACCCACUAUUCCUAAAGAGCAGCGGACCAGAGUGGCACAUUUCCUCGAGAAACAGGGUUUCAAGCAGCAGGCUCUGGCAGUGUCCACGGAUCCAGAACACAGGUUUGAGUUGGCCUUGCAGCUCGGAGAGUUGAAGAUUGCCUACCAGCUGGCUGUGGAGGCAGAGUCGGAACAGAAGUGGAAGCAGCUCGCAGAACUGGCGAUCAGCAAGUGCCAGUUCGGUUUGGCUCAAGAGUGUCUGCACCACGCCCAGGACUAUGGUGGUCUGCUGCUCCUCGCCACAGCCUCUGGUAAUGCCACCAUGGUGGGCAAGCUGGCCGAGGGGGCAGAGAGGGACGGCAAGAACAAUGUGGCCUUCAUGACAUAUUUCCUGCAGGGGAAACUGGAUCAAUGCUUGGAGCUUCUGAUUCGGACAAACAGACUACCGGAAGCUGCCUUUCUGGCCCGCACCUACUUGCCCAGCCAGGUGUCUCGUGUGGUCAAACUAUGGCGGGAGAACCUCUCGAAAGUCAACCAAAAGGCAGCUGAUUCCCUCGCAGACCCCACAGAGUAUGAGAACCUCUUCCCUGGACUCAAAGAAGCCUUUGCAGCUGAAUAUUACCUGAGAGAGACCUGCCUGGGCACCUCCAGGCCUGCUAAAGACUAUCCUCUGGUCACACUGAAUGAAGACAGAAACAUUCUGGAGGAGGCUCAGGGAUAUGAGCCCAAAGGAACCUUCAUCCCUCUGGUCUCACAGACAAAAGAUAGCGAGGAAUCGACUUUGGUGCCAGAAGCCGCCGUUGCGGCCGUGACGCCCUCACAGCCAGAGCCUGUUGCUACAAAAGCAGAGGUUAAAGAAGAAGAGGCGGAGGAGGAAGAUGAAGAACUCCCUGAAUUCUCACAGUCACAAAAAGAUAAGUCUCUGGACGAGCUGGAGGUGGACCUCGACAACAUGGAGCUGGACGACAUCGACACCACAGACGUUAACCUUGACGAUGACUUCUUAGACGAUUGAGACCUUCCAACACUCUUCAGAGCAUAUUUAAAAAAGAUUCCAGAGACCAAACUCCCCUUCCCUCGUUCUUGUUUUUUUUGUAUUUGCACUGUAACGUUAUGUUGUCAUGUCAGCCUACUGCAGUGUCGGUUUAACUUUGAAAUGAUAGUAGAAAUGUUUUCUUCUCAAAUGACAGAUGGAAAGACCUGAUCUAUUUCAAACUCUUUAUUUUGUACUCCAUUUGAUUGUCUCAGAAUUGCUAACUGUCCAGGGUUCACUGGGCAGUAUGUUAUAUACUCUGCUUUGCAUUGUCUGGGAUGGCAGAUUAUUGAAUAAAGUCCAAUAAAUUGAAGGUUGCUGUACAUAUU